CUUGGCGUCGCACGAGCGCACAGAGCAAAUUCAGGUGCCUGGGAGUUGGUGUUCACGCGAGGCCACACCGAUGCCGUCGAGGACGCUCGUCGUCGCACGGCUGCUCGCGACGUAUGCGGUGGCGCUGACGCCGCGGCUCCGGCCGAGGCUGCCGCCGAGGGGUGCCACCAGGCUCGCGUCGACGCCGACGACGGACGCGGAAAAGGCCUACUUCGAGAAGCAGGACACGGUCUACGACGUCGACGAGGGCGCGUGGAAGAACGACGCGUUCUGGGCGCAGGUCGACGCGGAGCUGCCGGGCUGGCGGACGGACGCCGCGCUCGAGCGGUUCCGCGGCUUCUGCGAGAACCUGCGGACGAAGCCGCCCGGUGCGGGCCCGGCGCCGAGGCCUUCGGUGGGGGGUCGCGUCGCGUCGGCGGCGAGCGCCGACGCCGGCGAGAGAGAGGUCCCGACGCCGCCGCGCGCGCAGGCGAGGACCUGUUCAUGGACAACCGGCAGCAGCUGCUCUCGCAGUACGUCUACCCGGGCCUCGGCGAGGACGCCGCGUCGGGCGAGAGCGUGCCGCGCGGGGCGUACCCGCACGACGCGUACCCCGAGCUGGCCGAGCUCCGCGCCAAGCUCUCGACGGAGGUGGCGGCGGCCGCGCGCGCCGAGUUCGACUCGGUGCUAAACGCGCGGCCGCUCGCCGACGACGAGGACGGCUUCGACGCGGACGCGGGCGAGUGGGACCCGCUGGGCCUCAACGAGGAGGAGGAGGACGAGACGUGGCAGAAGGCCGCCUGGUUCGGCUGGCAGUUCCUGUCGCUGCGCGGCGCGAAGACGACGGCGCCGAAGACGACGGCCGCGCUCGUCGCGGCCAUGGGCGACCUCGGGCCCGCGCACCGCUUCGUCGGCUUCACGCGCCAGAAGGCCGACUCGCGCGGCACCGUCCACUCCGACGGCCGCAACUACAUGCUCUCGACGCUGACGCCCGUCGACGCGCCCGAGGGCUGCGGCAUCUUCGUCGACGACGAGGAGGAGACCAUCGCCACGGGCGGCGACGCCGUCAUCCUCGACAACACGUACCCGCACUACAUCUACAACACGGCCGACCGCGACCGCAUCUGCCUCAUGAGCGAGUGCUGGCACCCCGCGCUGGCCGCGGCCGAGCGCGACGCGCUCGCCACGCUCUUCGCCGUCAAGGACCGCUUCACGGUCCUCGACCUCGGCAUGGCGCCCUGGGGCUACGGCGAGGACGACCUCGCCAAAGCGCUCAAGUCGGGCGCCGUCAACGACCUCGACUACUGGCGGCGGCUCGACUACGAGCCGCCCAAGCGGAAGCCCAAGGCGCCCAAGAAGAAGAAGGUGGGCGCCUCCGGCCGGAACAAGAAGAAGGCCGCCAAGUCCCGGGCCUUUGGGUAACACCUGUGUUUGAA